AUUAAGGGCCAACCUUUAUAUUUCCUUUAUAUCCGUACGAAUAAGGCUCUCUGUACGAGCAUUGCGUCUAUUUUCUCUCUACAUGGCUAGUGCAGACCAAGUGUUCGAGGAAAUGUCACUUCUGUAAUCAUGGGUCAUAGUUUUCAUUCAAUGGAUUCUCUAUUGUCCGCUACAAUUCCCUUUUUGUUCCCUCAAAGUUUUGCAAGAAAUGGCCGCCGGCUGGUUACAGUGGCGCAGCGUUCUAACACUAGGACACGACUUCCCAAGAACCUUCGCUACCCGCGGCGCACCAAGCUUCCUCCGGACCUCCUUGGAAUCGACCCCUUCUUGAACAACACAAGCACUUCCACAGAACCUUCAUCUCGAACAGAAGAAUUCGAGGCAGCAGCAGCAGAUGAAGAAGGUAAAGAAGAUGGCGUCAUUGCGUGGGAAUCAGAUGAGAUCGAAGCUAUUUCAUCCCUUUUCCAAGGGAGAAUACCCCAGAAGCCCGGAAUGCUGAAUCGACAGAGGCCUUUCCCGCUCCCACUUCCUCACAAGCUUCGACCUUUGGGACUUCCCACGCCCAAGAAACAUGUUAAGGUGCCGCCCGUAUGCGACCAAGUCUACAAAAACCCUAAUGCGCUUGUUGGGUUAGCAAGGGAAAUCAGAAGCCUUGGAGCAGACGAAGACGCGGGACGAGUUCUGAACAAUUGGAUUCAGUGUCUUAGAAAAGGCUCUCUUUCCAUGACAAUUAGGGAAUUGGGUCACAUGGGUCUCCCUGAGAGAGCUCUGCAGACCUUCUCUUGGGCUCAGAAACAGCCUCAACUCUUCCCCGAUGACCGCCUUUUGGCUUCAACGGUUGAGGUCCUGGCAAGGCACCACGAGCUUAAACUGCCUUUCAAUUUGGACAAGUUUGCUAGUUUGGCAAGUCGUGGAGUGAUUGAGGCAAUGGCGAGAGGGUUCAUUAAAGGAGGAAGCUUGCAUCUAGCUUGGAAGCUUGUAUUGGUAGCUAAGAAUAGUGGAAGAAAGUUGGAUCCGGGCUUAUAUGCUAAGCUGAUACUCAAGCUUGGGAAGAACCCCGAUAAGCACAGGCUUGUAAUGACCUUACUCGACGAGCUUGGAGAAAGGGAAGACAUGAAUUUAAGUCAGCAGGAUUGUACUGCUAUUAUGAAAGUGUGCAUUAGGCUUGGGAAAUUUGAAGUUGUGGAGAGUGUUUAUGACUGGUUUAGACAAUCUGGGCAUGAUCCAAGUGUCGUUAUGUACACAACUCUGAUUCAUAGUCGCUAUUCGCAGAAGAAAUACAGGGAGGCUCUAGCUUUGGUUUGGGAAAUGGAGGCUUCAAAUUGUCUCUUUGAUUUUCCAGCUUAUCGUGUGGCAGUAAAGCUUUUUGUUGCCCUGAAUGAUCAUCCAAGGGCAGUAAGAUAUUUCUCAAAGCUUAAGGAAGCAGGUUUCUCUCCAACAUAUGAUGUAUAUUUAGACAUGAUUAAAAUUUACGUGGUUUCUGGGAGGCUGGCUAAGUGCAGGGAUGUAUUCAAGGAGGUAGAAAUAGCAGGAUUGAAGUUAGAUAAAGAAACAAUGUCUCAGUUGUUGCAAUUAGAAAGAGAAAAAAGUGAAUGCUAUCCAAAGCCGGAACUCCAAUCCCGUCUCCCACGUUUGCCUCCCUCGCAAUCAAAACAGAAGGAUAUCUUGUUUGAGUUUAACUACAAUAUCUAAAACUCUUGAAAAGGUCCAACUGGCAUCUGUCUGGUUACUUUUAUUUUAUAUUCUAAUUUUCUUUUGGGGUUUACAUGGCUGUCCUUUUUUGAACUUCUGUAAAUUAAUUUUGAAUUCAGCAUGUCUUAUUCUACAAGUA